ACCGGCUGUAUUGUGUCAGAUUUUGGAUAAAUUCUUAAGACUUGUCGGAGAAGACUGAAGAAGAAUCAAUCGUCAAAGAUUCAUCAAUGGUGAUUCCUCCGAGUUCUAGGUUAAACAAUCGGAUUGAGGUAGACAGCAAGGAGUUUCACGCUUACUGCUUCUCUCUCGCUAAUCGAAUCGAUGAUGCUAUUGGGAAGGAUGAAGUUCCUGCAGACGCUCAAGACCUGGCUAUAACCCUCGAUCACGUGUGUCAACAUAGAUGUAAUGCUCAAACGAGGGCAGUGAUAAUGACGCUGAUGAUCUCAGUCAAGACUGCUUGUCGGCUUGGAUGGUUCCCGCAGAGAGAGUCUCAACACCUUUUGGGUCUCGUGGACUCGAUGUUGGAGGGUUUCACUAGUUCUGAAGACGUUGCCUCUAGUGUCGAUAGUCCCAUCAGUCUAAUUCCACAGGUCAUGGAGAGGUUCUAUCCGUUUUUGAAGCUGGGGCAUAUUCUUGUUUCUUCUGAGGCCACGGCGGAAUCAAACAUAUUGAUGAAGGACUUCCACAUUUCAGAGAAGAUGCUGCAACAUUCUCCCCAAGCGAAAGUAGGAUUAUUUGUUUUCCGGACAGAGGACAUAAGCAAAUCUAGUUGUCUCAUACAUCCACAGGAAGUCAGCUUUUUAUUGAAUGGAAAGGGCGUUGAAAAGAGAUAUAUUGCCUUAAUGGAUUCUGGGCCGCAGUGUCCAACGGAUGUUACUUCCCUGCUCAACCUUGGGGCAAAUCUUCUGCAAACCGUUGGCUGCUUUGGAGGUUUCUUUUCCAGUAGUUACUUUAUUGUUAUUGCCUUACUGGAUGACAUACCACUCCCUGUGAAUCCAUCGCUGACAGAUUAUUCUGAAGUCAUUGUAUCAAAUUCAGAUUGUGACGUAAUCGAGGGACCAUCAAGGAUAUCUCUCAGUUGUCCUAUCAGCCGCACGCGUAUCACGCUACCUGUGAAGGGUCGUGUCUGCAAACAUCUUCAGUGUUUUGAUUUCUGGAACUAUGUGGAAAUAAAUACGAGGAUACCAUCAUGGCGCUGCCCUCAUUGCAAUCAGCCUGUCUGCUAUACUGACAUCCGUUUAGAUCAAAGCAUGAUAAAGAUUCUAGAAAAGGUGGGACGUUAUGCGACCGAUGUGGUUAUCUCCGCUGAUGGAUCAUGGAAGGUUUUAACGGAGGACAAUAAGAAUGUGGAAGCUGUGCCAGAAGCCACUCAGGGAGACCCAAAUAGCUUCCAGAAGUUAACGCCAUCUGUUUUGGAUCUUACCAGCGAUGAGAAUGAAAAGGAAACAUCCGGAGGCACUCAGUUCAACGAACAUAAGCCUUGUCUUUCCGAGAUUCACAACACACACACGCCUGUGAUGGGUUAUCCUAUACUCAACCAGUCUUCUGCUUCAAUCCACUCGCUGCCACAGUUACCACAAACUUUUAAUGUUUUUGAUGGUCAGCAACGGUUCACCAACUUUCCGCAAGUAGUAAACAGACAAGACUCAGCAGCAAGAGAAGCCUCAUAUCCGCAAGAUAGAUUAGCUACUAAUACAACUUGCUUUCACAUACCAAUGCCUACUGCUCAGUCUUCUCAGUUUCAAGGGUCACAUGUUACUCCCCUUGGACAUUCUCUAGGAAGAGCCUCUGGAUAUAACCACAUCUAUGAUAAUGGCAUAACUCAAACUCAGUUAGCACACAUGCCUCCUCCUUUGCAUCACCAAUAUGCAAUGCAGAACCAGAGGCUUCACACAAGGAGGUCCAGGAGCCCGUCCCCUGCGCAGGAAAGACCGAUCCCAUCUGGCAUUACACAUCACCAGAGGUUAUUUGCCAACUAUGGAGGGACCUCUUACCAGAGACUCAUGCAAAGACCUGUUCAAAGAUUGAAUCCUGUUGUCGCAGGGCAACAGUUCCCAUCGCGUGAACUCACGAAUAUGAACAGAAUGCGAGGCAGCCUAACUCCCGGUUCCACGGGGUAUGAACACAUGAUCAUUCAACCUACCAGGCCGGUUCAUGCACCAGCUCAAACACUUUCUCAGCCUCAACCAGCGGCUUACAAUUAUAUCCCGGCGCAGGCGCAGGCGCAAGUUCAAACACUUCCUCCGCUGCAACCAACAUCUUACCAUAGUAUGGCCGAUGAAAUUCAAGCAUUUUUGGCUCAUCCAAGCUAUCCAAACGGCAACACUGGAACGCAGGCUAGGACCGGUUCAUUGCCUGUGGAGGAAGGUGUUGGGCCAACAGGGUUGCUUUGGUCAAUGCCUCCUGAGGCAUGGUGAUGAUCUGAUGGCUUAGAGACUCAGCACAUGGUUGGUAGCAAUAGUAUGAAUCCCACUAACAGGAAAGUAGUAUUAUCAUAUAAGUCCAUUUUUUUGUACUAACCGGUUUAGAUUUCCGGUUUGUAUAUGGGGAUCUAAGGGUAUUCUUGAGAUGUACUCAAUGUGAAAAAAAAAAACAUUAGGGUUCUUUUGAUCCUUCUAAAAGGUUUUAUAUUUGGGGCAUAUAACUUAAAAACAUUUUAAUGA